UUGAGGAGGGAGAAAGUUGGCCGGAAAGGAGAGAAAUAAAGUAGAAAGUAAAGUGAGAGUGAGUGCAGAAUUCAGAUUCAGCAUCGACACAGCUAUCCAUUCUUCUCCUGGACAGAAAGAUCUCAUUUUUCUUUUCUUCUCAUUCUCCCCGACUCUAAGAGCCAGGUAGCAGCGUCCUGGGUACGUUCGCAGAGAAGAGCCACAAACUUUCCCUUCCACUCACACCACUACUCCUGCUGCUGCUGCUGCUAUUCCUUUCAGCCAAAAGAUAAAAGAAAGCUGGAGGGAGAAAGCAUAUCCAGGCUCAAGGAAAACUUUUGUUGCAUUAGGAAACUUUUCUUUGCUCCCUUCUCCUCGCUCUCACUCUCUCCGAAUUCUGGUAGCGAUUGGAGGGCCUUGGUAAGGAGGUGAGAGUGGUGAUGAUAUGAUAUCGGUGGUGGUGGUGGAUAAGAAGAUAAGAAGAAGAGAGAUAGGACAGUGAAGGAGGGGAGGAGAGAAAGGCGGAGACACAUCCGAGGUUCAUCCCCCUCUCAGCGCUACUGUCCGUCCAUCCGACCCAGGAAGAACUUUGUGCUCUGCGCCUCCUCAACCAACAAUCUCUCGUUUGCACUCUGGACUGCCGAGAUUUCAUAUCGAAUCACACUCCAAAGCCCACCACCAACUCAAACACACAUCAAGACAAUCUUCUCAUCAUCCCAUCUUCAUUAAAAAACAGAGGGACUCUCACACACAACUGGAGCAUCAUCAUUACGCAAACAUUAGUUGUUUGUCUGUCAGUCGUGAGGACGAAGAAAGCAUCGAAAGUCGUCGUUCUGUUGCUUCAAAGUAUUCAUCUUGGCGGACAAUGUGAGACAUUUCACGUACACGCAUACAUACAACUUUGGGACAAUGAGAAUAUGUUCUCUGGAAACAAAGGAACUAUUGUCCUUCACUGUCUUUUAAUGGUCGAGGAGGAAGGUCUUGACUGAACUUGGAAUUGUGUUGUCGGUAUCAUCAAAUAUUAUUAUCAGCAAAUCUUGCUUGUUCAAGAGACAAUUAAACAUCAUUGUUUUAUUCGAUCCAUAAACAUUAUACGGUGCGUUGUUUUGUGGACAUUUGUAUAAGACUGGUGGCGGAGACUUCUUGGAAUCUAUUGAGCAACGAUUGUUUAUACUUUAAUAAUAAUCAGAAUGGAGUGAGUGAUUCACAGACAAUUCUUUAUUUAUUAUAGUGGGUUAUGGUUGGCAGCCACUCACUUAUAAGACACAUAUUUUUAUCACUCUCUGCACACUCACCGACGGCUGGACGAUAAUAAACAUUGACUCCUCAAAGGAAGUAACUUAAAACUUUAAUGUAUAGCAAUAAUAAUAAUUCAAAACGUCGUGCAGCCUGAUUGUGCACUAAUUAACCCUUUCGUCGUCAAUUAAUAUUGUCAAUACGAUAUCUAAAAGAAGUCGGAUCGGACCAUCAAAAACAAACAGCAUCAACCAUGCGGUGCAAGCCUGUUGCAAGGAAGGUUAACCAUCAAGACGACCGACUCCCGGAUCAGAAUGGGGGCGACGAAGGGUCAUCAUCUGGAGAUGAAACAGAAAGAGCUAACCACAAAGGAGACUAUUCCGAAGUGGUGUACAAUCUCAGAGGACUUCGUGGUGACCCAGAGCUACAUAACACGAGCGGAAGUCUUGGUGGGGACAGUGAGGAGAUUGACCUUGAUCACGAGGGGCAUAACGGAGGAGGUGGAACCACCGAGGAAGACGAAGAGGAAGAAGAAGAAGAAGAGGACGAAAGAGAAAGUCUGCUUGGAUCUCACUCUUCGUCUACGGAGCAUUUGAACCAGAUUAAUCAGCAUCGCCACCACCACCACCACCAUCAUCAUCAUCUCGAACAUUUGAGCAAUAGUAGUGACAAGAUCAUCAAUAACAACUCCGUCUCACCCAACAACAGCAAUAACAACAACAAUCAUCAUAGUGGAGGCUUUGAGGGACUGAGCAGCAGCAGCUUUCUCCUCGGCCACUUAUCACGGGGUGAAGUUGGUAACAGGGGCAACUUAUCUCCGUCCUUGUCCAACCACUCGGCUGGAAGUCAGAGGAAAUAUCCUUGCGGUCAGUGUGGACGGUCGCUAACUGACUUUGCAAGUCUGCAAAGACACCUCAGGGCUCAACACGCCAGCCCACGAACUCAUGCUUGCGGAGAGUGUGGCAAGACGUUCGCAACUUCGUCAGGUCUCAAACAACACGCUCACAUCCACUCAUCAGUGAAGCCCUUUCAGUGCGAGGUUUGUCUCAAGAGUUACACACAGUUCUCCAACCUCUGUCGACAUAAGCGUAUGCACGCAGGAUGUCGAGCACAGUCCCGGUGUGAAAAAUGUACUGCACCAUUUGCGUCAAGCGCUGCCCUUGCUAAGCACAAGAGAUUUUGUGACGCCGCAUCAACCGUUGGAAAAAGUCAUUCUGUGACACGGUCACUCAGUCAUUUUCAAUUCCAACAGUUGCAAGCUUCAUCGACUAGAGAAAACUCAAAAUCAGGUCUGAAACUGAGUCUCAGAAGUUUGGACCGUGAGCUGUUGAAGGGUGAUAGGAAUUUGCGUGAAAGGAAGGAAAAGGAGAUCGAUCGAGGGGUGGAACAGGAAAAUCCACCUCUAGUUUCUGACCCCACUGUCAGUUCUGUUAGCAAAGGAGACAACAACAACUACAAAAAUCCGAUGGAAGCUCUUCUUGAUGUUGGUGGAUUAGGGGGAGCCAAUUUGUCCCCCAACAAUUUGACUCACCUUAUCCGCAAUGCCAGUGUUGGCCGGAGAAAUCUUCACAUGCCCCACCAUCAUCAGUUCCCCAUCAACAAUAACCACAUUUCUCGUCCCAGAAAAAGUAGCCCUCAUUCUAACAGCAAUUCAUCCCAAUCCUCUCCAAGUAUAUCUAGCUCAAAAGAUGAUACUUCCAAGACUCUGGCACACUUAAAUAGUCGUCGCAGUCCUUCAGAGACACUGAUGAACUCCAAGACACUCCAAGGUUCUGGAUUUUCCCCAUUAAUGUUUCCACCCUCCUUGCCAAUGUACAACCCGUUUGCAGCUCUACCCUUUGGCCCUCAACUGUUUGCAGCAGUUAAUGCUCGGCAUGGCGCAAUGGAACUUAUGAACGGGGAGUUUCAUAAUAAAGGGAGGCAGCCGCCCCCGCAACAACAGCCUACAAAUUUAAACAAUGGGAGGCGAUCAAGGACUCCAGUAUCUUCUUCGUCAAGAAGCCCAUCACUGUCUCCACCACGACGAUUGCAUGAUCCGGUGCCGUUUAAAUCGGGAGAAGAGAUGGAUAAUGACGAAGUUAUUGAUGGGAAAAAGGACACUCCUUUAGAUUUAAGUUUGCAGAAAAAUGCAGAUGACGAAGAAGGUUCAGAUAAUCCCAAAGAUUUCUCAGAUGAAAGCACAUCAACGCAUGCAAAUAAUAAGGAGACCAAAGAAAGGAACAAGAAGAGAUCUCGUUCUUCUACUCCUGUUGUCGUUACCCGAACCAGCACACCCCCAAGUUCCCGGAAGGACAUUAUACGGGAUCAAAUUAUUUCUGCUGUCGCAAGAAUGAGUAGCAAUGAGUCACCAAUUAAAAGGGAACGGAAUGAUUCUCCAAACGUCUGCAACAAUAAUCAGCCUGUAUUUCCUCAUAACCACCCAUUGAGAAGUAGCAAUGGCCCCAACGGGUUGAGUUUAGAGGGUGCUGCAGCUGAAAAGAAGGCAUCUGCAUUUUCGCAAAUAAUUGCACCUCGAGCAAUGCAUCCGUUCCCAAGAUUUUCGCAUCCACCAUCUCAUUUCCCAAGCCUACCUCCAGGGUUUCCCCCAAAUCCAUUCAACCCAUUUUUUCAUAACACGCUCUCUCCAAGGAACGAUAUUGGAAAUUCACUUGUUGGUCAGAAUCCAGUUUGGCAGGGGAAAGCAGGAAGCAGAUACACGUGCAAAUAUUGUGGCAAGGUUUUUCCUCGAUCGGCAAACUUGACGCGUCACUUGCGAACCCACACAGGCGAGCAACCCUAUAAAUGCAAUUUUUGUGAACGAUCAUUUUCCAUUUCAUCCAAUCUUCAAAGACAUGUCAGAAAUAUCCACCAUAAAGAACGUCCCUUUGUCUGCCCAUUGUGUCAGAGAACUUUUGGGCAACAAACCAACUUGGAUAGACAUUUACGAAAACACGAGACUGGGGACAAUCUCGACAACGACUCACUCUCACCUUCCCCAUCUCCUCCAGCAACCAAAGUACUUAUCGACGUGUCUCACUAAUAACAAGUUUUCUGUAUAUAUAAGAUAUGCAUAACCAUGUAGUUCUUGAAAUCUCUUCACCCUCCUUAACCCACAUUCCCACCCACCCACAUUCACUCUCUCUCUCUCUCUCGUUAGACUCUUGGAUACCGUGACAUUGUUAGCUAUAAUUGUACAAUAUUCAAAAGACGCCUUUUUUAAUCUUCGAGUCUUAAUCUUCAACGUAAUAUUAUACUGUUUAUCAAGUCCUUUAAAACUAUUAAAAUUAAUUAAUUAAUUAUGUGUCCUAGUCCCUGUAGCGCAAAAAGCUCAUACUCGCACGCUUUAUGUACCCAAUAUGUCAGUUUAGUCGAAUUCCAAUAAAAUUCGCAAUUAGUAAUGUCAUUUUAAGUAUUUCUAAUGGUUUACAUAGUUUUAGAGUUAGAGUUUCUAGUAGCAUGACACUGAUUAGUUAGAGAAAUUCACAAUCAAAUUUUAAAACAUAAAAACAUUACAUAAUACUUAAUAGUAAAAUAAUAUGUAUGUAUCACAGGGUAAGCUGAUGCGUGUUGCCGUAAAAUUCUAAACGGCUUCGUUAUUCUCGCUGCCCUGAUUUACUUUCUCGUACUCUGUUCAUGUUUGUAACGCAUGACGAAUGAUGAUGAUUAUCACUUUACAAUAAUUCUAAUAUCAAUAUUCUAGAGCUAUAGUUCAAGGCUAAUGCACAAAGGUCAUUUAGUAUAUGGAUUAAAGUGUCAACUAAAGUAUGAUUUAUUUUUUAUUUGAAUUAUAAAAGAUCAAUGAUCACAUAUUUAUAACAAAACACGUUCGUAAUUAUUCAAAUUCAAACAUAACAGCAAUCAUGGCCUGCAUUUUUUUGAAGAACGCACAUACAUAUGUAAAUGUUUGCAUACAGUUGUUUAAAGUGAUUCUGUGGUAAUAAAUGUUCUUGCUUUUGAGCAUCGACACAGAUCACUGGUGUGACAUCAGUCUUAAUGAAGAAUGAACUACAACAAUAAUAAACAAUA